AUUCCAUUUCCGGUAGACAUCUUUGAACGUGAGUACUGGACUUUUCUUAAAAGCGUUUUUGCUGUAUUUUUGGAGGGGAGUAGGGUCUUUGUGGAUACAGGAAACGUGUUAAAAACUCCGACGGCGCUGAGCAUCCAUUCUCCAGUGGUCUUCACCUGAAAAACCCUGUUGCUGCUUCAGCUUAAGGGUUGUGGUUGUAAAUCAGCAGGGGCCUCACCAUGGAGCAGGAGAAGAAUGAUGGGAUAAACAAAGACACAGUCCUUCCACUUCCAAUUCAGCAGAAUAGACCCGCUCUGUCAUGUGGAUUAAAGAUCAGGAAAAUGAUGAAGACUGUGCCUCCUUGUUUGGGGAAGUUCAGGCCAGUUGUGGGCCAGUGCUGCCACCAGUGCACCCCAGACAGUCUGAGCAAGAAGCUUGGACAAAACUAUUCCCUUGGUUUCCACAACCUACUGAGGGUCAAUGAGACACAAACCAGGUAUCGAGGCUGGCUGGUGCGGAGGGUGUGCUGCGCCCUGUUUGUGAGUGGGUGCAAGGUUUACGGCAGUCCUGUUAGCGGCAGGCUCCAGCGAGUCUGUCAGAGUAACAGGGUGAAGAAGGCACUCACAGCAGAGCACAAAGCACCUGAGGGGGGAGACGGCCACGGGCAGCUAGAUUUUCUCUCACCAUUCCUCCCCCUCAUUAACACCUGCAUCUCCUCUGGCGUCUUAAGAUUCGUGGGCUGGGCGAUGCUGAAGAUGUUUGCUUCUGUGUUCGGCAGUAUUCAAGUUAACCUCAACCAUUUGUCGGCUUUACACAGAGCCUCACAAGAGGGAUCUCUGCUGGUUUAUGUGUACAUGCGUCAGAGCGCCGUGGACUGCGCUCUCAUCCCUCUCGUGCUCUUCUGUCACAGCCUCAGAGUCCCAUACACUGUUUGUCCUCUCCAAAUUAAGAACGCCUCCCUAAGAUCAAUCCUGCAGAAAGUAGGUGUCGUCCUCCUGCCACCCUCUGCACGUACUGAGGAGGAUGCUGAGAUGGACACACUGUACCAAUCUGUCAUGACUGCUCUGGUACGUGAGCUGCUACAUGAGGGCCAGGCAAUAAGUAUUGGUGUGUCAGAGAGGUCUGGCCUGGGUGGCCAGUGGCUGGCUCGCAUCAGGCAGCUCAUCAAAGAGGGAUCUGUCCCCGACGUCAGUCUGGUCCCCGUGGGCAUCUCGUACGAUUGUGUACCCAAGACCUACAUUCAGGUGGAUGUUGGGUUGAGAUCUAUCUUCCAGUGGUUGUGGUGCCUUUUCUGUGGGAGGCCAGAAGGAAGUGUGAGGAUUCACCUCGGCCAGCCUUUUUCUGUCAAGGAGAUGUGCGAAUCAGGCAGGUGCAGAGUAGAUGAAUGGCUCCCUCUACAGGACCUGUUGCUUCCUGUUAUCCUCAACAACCGCGCUGGCAGAGCAUUCGGGCAGAGGAGAAUGUCGUGGCUCCUGCCGUCUUCUUAUUAUGCAUCUGAACUCGAAGAGCCAAGUCAGUCGGAGAGAAACCUCAGCAUUGCCAUCAUCCUCCACCUCAUCUUCUCUGCAACUUCCUGCAUGGCUGUGAUGCCCACCAGUCUUAUGUCCAGCCUUCUGCUGUACAAACACCGCAAGGGUGUAAGUACAUCUGUUCUGUGUCGUGAUGUGGCUUGGCUCACAGAGGAACUUUUGUUCAGGAACAAAGACGUCGGCUUUGGGGGAAGUUUGACAGAGGUUGUCCACUACUCCCUGUCUCUGCUCGCCCCUCACCUCAUCAUAGCCGCUGCACCAUCCAAGAAAGACCCAUUGAUUGUGCCCAGUCCUUCUCUUGCUGCCACGCUUCACCUCUGCUACAUGGCAAAGACGGUCACACACGCCUUUAUAUUGGAGGCUGUUGGGGCGUGUGCGGUGUCAGCCAUGCUGUGCGAGGUGGCUCACAAUGGCGUCAGCAGCAGCGUGCGGAGUGACGUGGAAGGAGAGGAGGUCAAAGGUGACACGGAGUUUGAUGUGGUGCUCUGCCAAUCUGAGCUCACUGCAAGAGCCUUGCAGCUCUGCCAUCUCCUGCCUCCGGGCUUCAUGCCACCUUGUCAGUCUUCCCAGAGUUUCGCGCUGGAUGCCAUUGACAGUCUGGUUCGCUGUGGCAUCCUGAUCCAGGAAGAAAUUCCCAGGGAUGUUCCCAUCUGUGAUUUCUGGAAGAAAGAGGACGGUCCUCUGACCUGGACCACUUCUGACGAUCCUUAUCACAGCGAUUCUGACUGCGAGGAGCCGGACCUUUGCUCCUAUAAGGAGUCAGGUGGUCAGAGCAAGACUGAUUGCGCAGAUUUAUAUACCCACAACAUGAGCCAUACAAGUAUGCACACAGAAACUAUUGGCAGCAAGGUGCCACGAAGAUACUACCUGACCAUUAGGGGCAGGGAGGGUAAUUGGGGUCUUAAGCAAGUAGACUUCAGCAUGUGGGCAGGAAGUAUCUGAGAUCAAACGCAAACCACCAACCAGCCAGAUGACCCUCUACCUUCUGAGCUACAUGUCACAUGAUGUCAUAAUAGUAGGUAGAGCUGUCUUUCUGUGUAUGACCUGCUUUUCAUAUGAAUGAUUGCCAAGUGACACCUCUGAAUAUUGAAGAAUUGCACUCUUCAGUGUGGAGACUACUCUUCUUUUGUCCUUCGCAAUUCUCUAGUAUUCAUAUGCCUAACUCUGGAAAUACAGGCCCUGAUGUUUUUUUAUAAUUUAAAGAUUUUACUAGCAUCACCACACAACAGAAAGAACAUUCUUAUGACUGGCUUUGCCACAUGUAGCUUGCUGGUUGACUGCGUAGUACAGUGCCACCCACGCUGGCAUAACUUGUUUUCAGCUUUGUCCACCAAGGAAGUGCCGCACCACAGUUUACAAAGCUCCACUCUUUCAAACUCCAUCUUUUAACUCUCUCCAUCCAGUGCACUCAUUUUUCUUAUACUGCCGCCUCUGCACUGCUAUCCUCAGUUCAGGUGCUGAAGCAAGACUGCAUACACCUACAUACCAGACAGCAAAAAGUAUUCCCUAACCUCAGUUUGCCUAGGUAGAUUCACUUUUGUUUUGCAAAGCAACCAGGCAAGAAAAAGCAAGAAAACUUUGCUGUUUUGUUUUCCCAAAUGUAUGUAUAUAUUUUUUUGUUUGUGCGUUUUAGGUUAUUUAUUCAUGUUGCCUCUCAGUUGUGUGAAACAAACAGCAAAAUGCAAUAUAAAUAAAUCAAUAUGAUCGACAUUUUGGUGUUAUUGGAUUCUACCAUUUU